AUGAACGAACCAUUUUCCUUCUCGUGUCUCCACCGAGCUUUUAGCUUGCGAUAUCAUUACAGUUGAAGGCCAACUUGCUUUGCUUCCGUUACCUUUAAUGGCGUCAAGCUCCGAUGACAACGAGUUCGUUAUUCUCAUAUGCUCCGAUCCCUAUAACCAGAUCGAAGCUGAUAUCUCCGAUGAAGAAAUCGUUAUCUCCACGACGGAUUUCUCCACUUGGGAUUUCCCUUCCAUUCUCUCUCGCCGAACAUUCAAAAUCCAAGCUCAUCGAAAUAGGCUUAUUGAAGAAUCUUCGUACUUCAGUGGUCUGCUCAGUGGAAGCUUCAGUGAGUCGUGCUUGGACUGUAUUUCAAUCCAGUGGCAAUUGGAAACGUUUUUGGAAGUUGUUAGAUGCAUCUUUGGCUUCCGUUUGGACAUUACUUCUAAUACAUUCAUUCCACUUUUCCAGGCUGCACUUUAUUUCGGAGUGGAGAUGCUUCUUAUGCAGUUGAAAUCUUGGUUUUCUGAGGUGUCCUUGUCCAAGGAUUCUGGGAUGUUUCAAAUACAAUUGGAUGAUCUGAUCCAUAUAUGGAAUUUUGGCUUAGAACAUGAUAAUGGUUUUGUUCAAGAAACAUGUGCAAGCUACCUAGCAAUAAAUUUCAUGUGGGCCAUGACUAGUGAAAUUUUCAAAGAUGUGCCUUACGAGUUUUUGCUACUUUGCAUAAAGCAUCCCCAUUUGACAGUAGACAGUGAGAAGCACCUUUCUGAUGCACUAUUAAUUUGGCUUGAUUCUAAUACAGAACGGUUGGAAAGAUCAAGUAAGACAGGAUGUGAAUUUUUUGACAUUUUAAAGCAGAUCCGCAUUAGCCUUUUGCCAUUAUGGUUUUCUGCAGGGAAAAGAAGUUCUAGCAGUUUUUCUGAGCUUGCAAAUGAGAGUGUUGAAUCAAUUUUUAAACUAAUGAAAGUUACACCAACAGGAUCAAUAAAUGUUCUAGGAGAUGGUGACUUGAGUCAUCUGAGAAUACGAUUGACUGAAUAUUCCAAGAGAGUGGACCUUUCUGGCUGUCCACAGAUAACACCAAUGAUUCUGCUCUUGUCUUUUCUUCCAAAUACCUGUAAUUCAUAUUUGGUGUUGAGAAAAGCUAUCAAAGAAUUUGCAAGUAACCUUGAACAAGUUGAUGGAACUAAAUGUCAAAUCACAAAGAGACUGCUGCCUACUUUGUCUUUUGAAGGUGUACAAGAGGUGGAUAUAUCAGGUUGUCUGAAGCUACCUCUUGAAGAUGCUAUCGAUUGCCUUUCCAAUUCAUUUCCUUUCUUAAGAAAGGUGAAAGCUGCUCAUCUUUUGAACUUCAAGAUGAUGACUUUGUAUAGGUUGAUCCAGAAGUGUUCUCUGGUCUCUGAAGUUGAUAUAACUGUUGAUAUAAAUCCACUUAUUUCAUCACAAGUGUCAGUUGUAUCCUCUAGCUCAGCUGUAAUCUCAAUGGAACCAAACAGGAUGUAUUUUUUGAGUGAUAAGUCUUCUAUGACAUCUCUUUAUCAUUUGGGACCCUCACUAUCAAAUAUCACAAAGCUGACAUUGGAGGGAAGAAAUGAUGUCUGUGAUUCGGAUAUCCAGUAUAUCUCAAAAUUCUGCGUCUCCUUAUGUUAUUUGAAUCUUAAGGGGUGCAGCUCGGUGACAGAUGUCUGUAUGGCAAAUCUUAUUAGCAGAUGUACAAAGCUACACUCGCUUCUAGUUUGUCAUACUUCUUUUGGAAUGAAUUCGAUUCUAGCUCUUUGCAAUGCUAGUCCUAGUUGUAUUAAUUCUCAGACUGCACAGUUUGGGAAAAGGCCUUUGUAUUCGUUGGCAUCUAAUCUCCAAUUACUGCACAUGGGUGGCUGCAAGUGUGCCGAUGAAACUUCUUUACUAGAGCUGUUGUCUCAAACACAAAUGCUGAAGAGUCUUUGCUUGAGGGACAUAAACCUUGUUGACAAUGUUCUUUGUAAUUUCUCGGGUUCUCUCUUGGAGAUGCUUGAUGUUUCGAAUACAAUGAUUUCUGGUGCUGUGUUGAAUUUUGUUGUCCAGACAAAUCCUGGCCUAAAGUGCUUGAAUGCAAGAGGCUGUAAAAAUUUGUUUCGACCAGAAAAUAAGAAAAAAGAGGCAAAUUGUUCUUCCUUGUAUUCAUGUGAAGAACUUUUUAUGGGGCUUGGUAAGACGUGCAGAUUAGAAGGACUUUCCCUGGGAUGGGGGCUUUCUUACUUUUCCCUACAAGACCUGAAACCUGCAAUUUUGUCAUUGAGGGCACUGACUGUGGGUUUGGGUGGAGCAUUACCUGAAGAUGCACUGAGAUUACUGCCCACCACAUGUCCUUUGCUGGAGUCAUUAGUUCUUUAUUUUCAGGUAAUAUCUGAUUGCAUCAUAAUCAACAUAAUGACAUCCUUGUGGCAAUUGCGAACGUUGGCUUUAUGCUACUGUCUUGGUGAUAUAUCCAUAUCAAGCUUGAACUUGUCUAUGCCAAAUCUACGGAUAUUGAAACUUGAGAGAGUAACUCCUUGGAUGACUAAUAAUGACUUGGUUCUUCUGACUCAGAACUGUGCAAACUUGGUUGAGUUUUCCUUAUUAGGAUCCAAACUUGAUUCAGAUGCUCAAUGUAUCAUCUCAAGCGGAUGGCCAGGAUUGAUUUCUCUCCAUCUGGAGGACUGUGGAGAAGUGACCGCAAAUGGUGUUUCAUCGCUUCUCAACUGCAUUGCUCUUGAAGAUCUCUUGCUGCGCCAUAAUGGCCGUGGUAUACAAAGAAACUUCAUCCUUGAAGCUGCUUCAAAGAUGCCACUGCUUCGGCAAGUAUCGCUGGACGUAUGUGAUGCAAAAGAAGGCGAUUUCAACAUUCCAGAUGGUACUGACCGGUAUUCUUUGAGAAGCGUAAAGAUCGCUCGAUGCAAGUCGACAAGAUGCAAUGUCGGCUCCCAUUUUGCAGAGGCUCGUAGAAAACCGGUGCAUAGGGAGACACUAGUGCUGGUAUGGAACAGCAAAAAUGUUGUUAGAACAGUCGUGAAGGAAAGGCUGUAGCCUUUGAACGGACUGGCUCGUCGGCGUCGGAACGAUACAAAUACAAAGGUUGAGUGGUUUCGGAUUCAAAUCGUAUCGGUUGUGUCUAUCGGAUAGGAAUCGUUUUCAUAUUCAACUAUAGUAUUUCUAUCGAAGGAAUAAAUUGUGUUUUUGAACUGGACUCGAAAAGAAUUUGGAAUUCCAUUAUCAUUAAUGCAGAUUUAUACAUAAUAAUUUAAAUUUUUUUU